AUGAAAUGUCCCCGGGGAACCCACUACACGAGUAUUGCAUCUAUUGCCCAGAAAGCUCUUGUUCGGUCUCCCUUACGUGAGGACAGCUACAAUAAAGUUAUCGGAGCGUGCGCAUUAGUCAGAGAGAUUGAGGAAUUGCUGUCAAAACCAAGUUACGAAGAAAGAGAAGACGAAAGCACUCUUCAAAGAUUAUGUGAAAAGUUCAACGCCCAUGAUAUUCUAAUUAAUGAUACGGUAUGCAGUAAGAAUGUUGUAUAUAUAGACAUCGUUUCAUGGAAUGAUCGUGUUGCUGAACUAAUUAAUAUCUUUAUUAGUUUUCCUCUACAAACAAUCUGUUCCGAGAGUUUUGUGUGUACGGAACGAAAGCGGAUUGCCAAAAAGCCAGAAAGACUCCGUGAGCAUGCCACAGAGCAAGUUUACCCGACAGUCGAAUUUGAACAUGGCGAUAAAACCGAAGUCGGAGAGAAAGGAUUACGUAUUGCUCUGGCUAGAGCAGUUUAUUCGCGGGCGGGAAAUGGAUGA